AUGGGAUACGACGUGCAAAUUGAGAUUGACAAAAGCAAGACAGGUGGGACUUUCACGAAUUAUGACAUCAUCAGUGGGGUCGUGAAACUCACCACCACAACAGCGUUGACUUUAUCCUACAUUCAGGUCAAACUUGAAGGUGUUGCUGAGACCCAACUUGUGAUUCCAGGCAGAGCAGACACGCAACGAAGAGAAAAUAGAAGCAGACGAGAUCAGAAAAGAGACGCAAAAAAGAGCAAAAGAGAUGCGAAGGACAAAUUUCGUCAAGACACUCACAAGAUUCUCUACGACUCCGUGAUCGUCUUUCCUCCCGAGAACGUGAGAAAUGUGUCUCAAUCGAAGGACUUCACUCUUGCCCCAGGCACCUAUACCCAUGGAUUUCAAUUCAAGAUCCCUCUUUCCAAUUCAUGCAAGAAGCUAACAGGAAUAUCCAAUAAGAUUCUGUUCAGCAAGAACAACUUUGAUUUGGUGAUCAACAAUGGAAACUUCAAUAGCAGAACGAUUAUGAAGUCGGCAAAUAACUACAUCCUGGGGAUAAGCAAUCCUGGCCGCCCCGCUCAAGGCAAGAGCCAGCAGCCUCAAGCCCAAGAAUACCAUAUUGAUUCUCAACUCCCCCCGUCUUUGCCAGACAUGAAUGGAAUGGCCAGUAUCAAGUACUUCGUCAAAGUCACGUGCAAAAGAUCGUCAAUCUUAAAGGCUAACAUGAGAGCCUUUGACCCGUUUGUUUUUCUUCCUCUCGACUUGAACAAUCAGUACAGUCCCUACAGAGAAGGGCAACAAUUUGAAGAAUAUAGGGAAAGAUUUUUCCGAAAAGAGGUCGUUUUCAAAAACAGACUUCCGGAGGUAGUCGGCGUGAAAGUGCCGGCUUCUAAGAAGCUUUUGCCCGCGACCCCAGAACAAAAGGGUGGUAGCAGAUUCUUUGGCUCCUUCUUCGCUUCAGGCUCUCCCAAAUCCCAGCCCUCCUUGCCCUCCAGACCCCAGGCAAAACCUGAAUUGGCUGUUCAAAGGAUCGAUGUCCCUUUUGCAUUUGAAAUGAGAAUGCCACACCCACCCAGUCUAUCGCCCACAACUGCCCCCACGUUCAAGCUAUAUCUUGUUUCUGAAGUCGACCCUGCAAAAUACUCUUUGGCAGACUAUGGGAAGGCUGACCAGUCGAAUGGGUUAGGAAUUGUCUACCUACAAAGCCUCAAGUUUGAGCUUACUUCCGUCACAAUAUUGUCAGUAUUAGACAAUGACGGCAAUUCCAGCGAGAUUCAUCAGUCCAGAGCUCAAGAAACGCUUCCAUUGUGUUACAACACGUAUCAGAACUUGCAGUUUGACUUGCGAAAAUGCAAAAGACAAAGGUCAUCUUCCGCUACAAGCUCAGGGUUUCUUGGGCCCAAUGCCUACGAGUUGGAAAUCCCCAGCAAGUACUAUGAGAAUUUCCGUCUACCGCGAAACCUUGCUCCCACCUUCCACACUUGUAAUAUUGCAAGGGGCUAUGGAUUGUCUGUGGUUGCAGGGUUUUCAAGUGAAAAGGUCUUGGAGGCUGGUUCAUCACGAGAAGUGAGCGAAAAGGUGAGGUACGUGGACAUUUUCUGUCCGGAUAUCCAGGUGUUGAGUGGGCUCAAGCUCACCAGCAACUUGCAUUCAAACGCUUCAGGGACUAGCCUAGGCAAGGUCUCCGACUCAAGAAACGGCAGUUUCAGCAGUGGCCAGCCGUCCGACCUCAAGCCCCCUUUGCCUGAAAGACGGUCUCAGCAGUCCCUGCCUUAUCCCAACGAGAAAAAGUCAGGUCUCUCUUCUCCCACGGAUUUUUCACAAAAUGGACAUGAUGAUGAAUCUGCGCCACUACCUACCUACGAUGAUGUGGUUCGAGAAAGCUCGUACCAAGACGAUUCUGAGCAUCAGAGGGCUCGCUACAGGUACGGAGCUUAG